GGAAUAUUCUCUCCCUCUUCCUCCAUUCAUCUCUUAAAACUCCUUCAUUCUCAGUAGAGCAAAAGAAACUUAUUUGUUUCUUACUUUUUUUUACAUUUUACAUUUUUCUCUCCCAACAUCAUGAUCCGCAGACAGACUCGCUUACGUCGCGAAUAUCUUUACAAAAAGUCCCUUGAGGGCAAGGAGAGACAGAUCUUUGAACGCAAGCAGGCUGUUAAAGAAGCCAUUGCCUCGGGAAAACCUGUUCCAAACGAGUUGAAAAAUGAAGGCGCUGCAUUCACAAAGGACCUUCAAUUUGAUGAGGCGCAGGAAGAUCCCACGAGCCACAUGGAUGAUGAAUAUGCCCGUGCAGGUGUUUACGACCCCAAAGUUUUAGUGACAACAUCGCGUGACCCUAGUAGUCGUCUUCAACAAUUUGCAAAGGAGAUGCGUCUAGUUUUCCCAGAAUCACAACGUAUCAACCGUGGAGGACAUGUUAUGAAGGAAAUCGUUGACGCUUGCAAGGCGAAUGAUGUUACGGAUCUGGUUAUUCUACAUGAGCAUCGUGGUGAACCAGAUGGCAUGAUUAUUUCACAUUUCCCUCAUGGACCUACAGCAUUCUUCACUCUCAACAACGUUGUUUUGCGUCAUGAUAUCAAGGACCAUGGCACAGUCUCAGAGGCGUUCCCACAUUUGAUCUUUAAUAAUUUCACCUCAAAGCUCGGAAAACGUACAUCGGAUAUCUUGAAAUAUUUGUUCCCAGUCCCCAAGGAGGACAGUAAACGAGUCAUGACGUUUUCCAAUGAGAAUGAUUUUAUUUCAUUCAGACAUCAUGUUUUUGUAAAGACGAGUCAUAAGGAUGUACAGUUGGCCGAAGUCGGGCCUCGAUUUGAAAUGAAACUCUUCCAAAUCAAGGCAGGAACAGUAGACUUGACAGAUGCUGAUACAGAGUGGGUUCUGCGUCCAUAUCAGAAUACAGCCAAGAAGCGUACCCAGUUGUAAAGGGAUAUAUACAAAAAGAAAUAAUAUGGGAAUGAGACUGAUUUAUUUUCAUAUCAGCUAGGAAGUUAGAUUUAUAGACCCUAUUUCUUUCUUUUUUUCCUCCUUCUGACGCUUCUUUGCUAUUUUUCAUUCAUUCCUUUUCUUUUCCUUUUUUUUAAUCAAAGCAUUAUUACACCAUUUUUUUUAUUUCAUAGUAAAGCCUGUAUUUAUAAAUAUGCUGC